AUGUCUUCAGUUUUAGAUAAAAAUAUUCUUAAGUUUCAAAAAGCUUUAAAUGAGCAACAAUAUUAUGAAGCACAUCAGCUUAUGCGGACAAUUGUAAAUAGACAUGUAAAAGCAUGUGAAUACGAUAAGGCUGUUGAUUUGCUUUAUUCUUCAUCUAAAUCUUUGCUUGAAAUUAAACAAUUUGCUAGUGGAGGUGAUUUAGCACUUUAUAUGAUUAAAGUAUAUGAUACUAUGAAAUUAAGGCCAGAUGGGCCCAGUAAAGCCCGCAUUAUUGAUCUUUUGCGCUUAUUUUGUCCUGAUGAGCCAACGAGAAAGCGAUUGAUUCACGAUUCAUUAAUGUGGUCUGGAAAGUAUGGAGAUACUGCUAUUGGUGAUCCUGAGCUUCAUCAUGAAGUAGGGAAAAUUUUAGCAUAUGAAAGCAGUUUUUUUAGUGCUGAAAAACAUCUAAUACUUGGAACUGCUGAUAGUUUUGGAUUAUUUUUGAGCCUUUUGCGUGGAUAUUUUGAUCGGGAUACGCUUGAUAUGGCAUGUUUUUAUACAUCACGAGCGGUUUUUCCUUAUCUGAUGAUAUAUAACAUUGCAUGUGCUCUCCGGGCUUACAACACAAUGGCUCGGCACAUUGCUGAUCGACGCAGUACAUCUACACUGGUGUUGUCUUCGUCUUCGGCAGAUAUCAUUUUGUUUCCUUCAUUGCCACUUAUGAAUUUUUUAUGUUUUCUUAUUUUAACAUGUCAGCGGGCCUCUGCUGAUUUGUUUUGCACUCUAAAAGCGCAUUAUGAAGAUGCUUUAAAGCAGGCAUCUUCUUGGAAGCCUUCACUUGAUAAAAUUGCUAGUAUUUAUUUUAAUAUUCAUACGGGGCCUCCUCCUAACAACACAUGGGCUACUCUAAUGAACCAGUUAUUUGGUAAUGAUAUAUUAUCGUCUAAUACGAAUAAUACAUCGUCUUCACGUACAUCACAGCAAUUGCCAUUUAAUACACACGAAACACUUCAUGAGACGGUGGACUAA